AUGAAGAUUUCUUCACGUAGGAACAGUUCUGGAGCGAAACGUUGUUUGAACAUGAGCGCAGCCUCAGCCCCUAGCCGAAGUCCUGACAAUAGGUUUCAGCAAGUGAAAUCCAAGAUCAAAGAUAUUUACCUCAAGAAAUUUACAGGAAAUUUUCCUGAAUUUCAUGAUUAUGGAGGUCAUUAUAGAAGUAUCUCUAUUCGUAGGGACCAAAUUUCAAGCAUUCUCAAAGAAAAAUCUCAGAAUCGUGCUGAUUUUACAGUCAAAAAGUCUAAGGAUUAUGAAAGUCUAAUUAUGAGCGAGAAAGCCCCACUAAAUAUUUCUAAAUAAAUCAGGUUCUAAUAAAAAUUAUAAAGAAGUUGUUCAAAGCAGACGAUCAUCACAGACUGACACUCAUAAACGGAUCAGCUCAAACCCGAUUCAGGUUCAAAACAAGAGGAGAAAGAGGAAGUCUAUCAUAAAUUCAGCUAAAAAGGAGUCAAUAUUUGGUAGAAAAGAGCUUCAGAUUGGCUCUUUGUUUAACCUUGAUAAAAGCAGUCCAGAGGACCCUAAGCCAAAAUAGAAAAUUAAAGAAUUAUGAACAAAUCAGACAUAAUAUUGCUCAAUCUAAUAAGGUCAGGGCUAACUUCAUGAAAGCUUUAAAGAUGAAUGAAGAUGAUUAUUUAAAGGAAUUUAAGGAUAAAGCAGCAAGCAUUACACAAAGACUUAACCAAGCUAAUGAUGGAGAGGGUUCUUCAGCACUUUUUAAUCUUAAUAUGCAUCAAGAUUAUAUUAUAAACAAGCUAGGGCUCAAAAAGAAGCUCACUGGACAUGAUUUGGUGAUCAAAAUCCUGCUUUUUAAAAUCUUUGGGCUAAAUAAGCAACAACAAGAAGAUGCUAAAGAGAGUUAUCACCCUGAGCCAAAGCCUAAGAGUGCAGCGUCUGUCAGAUUUGAUCGAAAGCGUAUUAAUAUGUCUGCAAAUAGGGGAUAUCUCAAAGAUCAUUUGCGUAACUUCAGUAAAGAGAAAAGAAAACCUGGGACACAACAAGGGAUCCGGUAUAGCAACAACCUAGCUUCUUCAACUGCUAUCAAUAACUCAAGGGCAAGUGAGAGAAACAAAUAAGCACACCAAUUCAUUAGAUGUUGAUAGUGCUUUGAAGGUAAACACAGACCUAUUCUCAAUGAAUAAUACCUCCAAAGAUCAGUUGGAAAAGCUUAGUCCGAGGUCGACUCUUAACAACAUCAUAGACCAGUGCUACCAGAUUAGUGAAGAUAAUUUAUUAAGUUUGGGCCAAGAGGUCACCAAUGCAGAUUCGAUGUUCGAUUUGUCCCAAACCUUAGCAGAACGACAGAAGAAGGUGUUUAAAAGCGGUCAGGAGAGCAGUUUGAUAAAAGCACCAAUCCGGGAGAAGUCAAAUGUACAGUCCAAGGAUGGUUCAAGGAAAAGAGUUACAUUUCAAAUCGAUAAAGAUGAAGAAGAAGGAUCUCCUAUUAAAUAACAUAGCCGAUGUAAGUAUUCUGAGUAUGUCAGAAUCUAUCGACAGUGAAGAGUCUGGUCACCUUAAGUUGCCUUCGAAAUAUGAGAGCUCACAGACGAGGGAGAUGCGAUUUCGUAAAAUGAGUAACCGACUAAAUAAUUUUUAUAAACCUGCACUGAUGACUAAGAACUUCCAAAGGCAAAUGCCAUUGUUUUUAUCUGAAAAGAACAUGACUCUACUGUCUCAUCUGUUUAAGACGACCAAACAUGAGAAUAAGUAUGUUGAUAGCAUCACCAAGACUAAGGGGUUCAUGCAGAAAUAAAAUGAUUAAUAAACAAAAGACUAAGACUCAAGACCAACUUGGAGAGCUCUCAACCCAAGAUGAUAUUAAAAAUUUCUUGGAUAAAGAGCCAAGCGAGAUUUUUGCAAAUGCUUUGGAGAAUUUUUGGUUCAAAGAUGCUGAUAAAUUUCUGAGAAUGAAGAAAUCAAAGCAUUCAAGAAAGAAGUCUCUUUUGAACUUCAAUGAAGAAGAUGUGUAUCAGCGAAUGAGCAAAGACAUCCAUAGGAGAAACCAAAGAGACAGCAGUGGAGAUAAGCAGAUUCAGAUUGGGACUCUAAAAUCUAGAGGCACAUGCAAGUAAGAAGUACAUUCUAAGGAAUAAUUUAAGCAUACUUGUUUGCUAUCUAUCUCUACCUACGUUCUACCUUCUUUCUGAAACUUCUUGAAGUAUGAAGUUUAGUUUGAAGUGUAAAAUAUAAAUUUUUCAAUAAAAAUUACUAAAA